GCCACAGCCUGCUGACAGCCCAUGCCGGUCGCGGGUUCAAAAGCGUCGGAUCACGUGGAGAAAAAGUUGAGAGAGGUUGGCUUCACGGGACGGGUCAGCACGAAGCUUUCAGAGAAAGAGAAGAUCUUCUACCGACAAGAGAAGGCAUUGGAGGUUUUAAAGGAGCUGAUUGAAAGUGGCCAACACAAGCCUUCGGAGGUCACUCUUUUCGCAGAAGAAGUCGGCCGUGGUGGGAAGCGAAGGUUCCUGGUGGAGACCUUCGCUCAGUUCGCCAUGGAGAAAGCGCCUAAGGCCUGGCCCAAGGACAAAAAAGACCGUGGCCACUUCUACGAGGUGAUCCUGGAGAAUCGACCCUGCUGGCUCUACUUUGACUUGGAAUUUUCGCUGGAGAGCAAUCCGAAGCUGAAAGCCAAAGUGGUGAUGCAUGCCUUCAGGAAGACCCUGGAGGCAUUUUGCCAGAAUGUGCUGGGGAUGAAACUUGACACAACGAAGAUGUUGGAACUUGAGUCCUCAACCCCAAAGAAGUUCUCGCGCCAUGUGAUAGUGAAAGCUCUUGGGGAGUAUCCAAAUGGUCCAGAUGGUGACGGAGUUCAAAGAGCCUUGGCCUUUGCCAACAAUGCUCAGACUGGACUGUUGGUAAACCAUUUGGUGAAAUAUGCGGAAGCACAUCGCGAUGAAAGUUGGUCUCUUUCAAGGUAUCUUUUCGUGGAAGCGCCAGGUCGAGAUGUAGAGCAGCAGAGACAAGUAUGUGUUAUUGAUGAAUCUGUGUAUAGUCGGAAUCGAUCUUUUCGCUUACUCUUUCAAUCCAAAUUUGGGAAAGACCGGAGAUUGGACCUCGAUCACAGCCGGGAUGAUGAUAUUUUUGGAGGAAAGCCAUACCCUGCCAUCGCGUUGGUGCAGACAAUGGCAUCCUUUGUGCCGGAAGGCACUGAACUGUUUCGGCACCAGUUGAUUCCCUCAGAUUAUGGACAUGCGCAGGCCGUGAUUUCUCGAAUUUCUCGAGGUGGUUCUGUGGGUCUUCGCCGUGAGAAUGGCUCGAUUUCUUCGGCUCAAUGUGAUCCGUUGCUGAAUCACCUGGUGUGCACCUGGGAUGAAACCCGGCGCUUGAACGAGGUUAAAUUUGAUGAGAGAAGGUGUGCUGCGACCAACGUGCAAUCCUGUGUGGAGCUGGAGGGUAAAAUCAUCACGGUGACUCUGGGGAAUAACCGUUUCUGCUGGUGCAAAGGUGCUUCCCACCGCAGCAAUCAUGUGUACCUGGUGGCCGACCUUCUCCGGGGGGACUUCUACCAGAAGUGCUUCGAUGCUGACUGCCGCAGCUUUGCAUCGCAGAGCUACAAGAUACCCUCCUGGAUUCUGGAAAGCAUGCGGGAGGAGGAGGACUUCGUAAAUUCGUUGAGCGCUGGGGGAUUCGAGGGAUUCGAGGGAUUCGAGGGAUUCGAGGCAGAGGCCUGGCCUGCUUCAUUUCGUCCCGCGAUGGAAGGCUGAAGACCAGCCACCUGCAAAACGCUUUCGAAUCGCAGAGGGUGGCGCUUGAGAACGGGAGAAUUGGGGAGUUGAAAAAAAA